GCCUUGAUCACGUGACCGUCAAACGUCAAAUCAUCUCGUGCGGGGAUUGCGGGGCGAGUGACGGCCGAAAAAAUUCUUUCACCCCGGACGUAGUAAAAUAAAAUUUAAGUGCAAAAACCUGGUGCAGAAUGGAGAUUCGCAAGCUGAUCGAGCUGCUGAGGGCGACCAUCGACCCCAACCAGCGUCAGCAAGCCGAGGCCCAGCUGGAGCAGAUCCACAAGAUCAUCGGCUUCGCCCCCUCGUUGCUCUCCGUGGUGAUGAUGGCCGACUGCGACAUGCCGGUGCGGCAGGCGGGGGCCAUCUACUUGAAGAAUCUCAUCUCGCAGAGCUGGCAGGACAGGGAGGUUGAGGGCGGCCAGCCGCUGCCCUUCGCCAUACACGAGCAGGACCGGGCCCUCAUCAGAGACAGCAUUGUGGAUGCGGUGGUCCACGCCCCCGAUCUCAUUCGGACACAGCUGUGCACUUGCGUUAAUAAUAUGGUCAAACACGACUUUCCGGGCAGGUGGACCCAAAUCGUGGACAAGAUCAGCAUUUACUUAUCGAAUCCUGACCCCAGUGGAUGGCAUGGAUCCCUUCUCUGUCUCUACCAGUUAGUAAAAAAUUUCGAAUACAAAAAGGCCGACGAAAGGGGGCCUUUACACGAAGCCAUGAAUUUACUAUUACCUCAACUUUAUCAACUCAUUGUUCGAAUAUUACCGGACGCUUCUGAUCAAUCGGUGCUUUUACAAAAAGAGGGUUUAAAAAUUUAUUUCGCCCUCACGCAGUAUAUGUUACCUUUAGAUUUGAUAACUAAAGAGGCUUUCGCGCAAUGGAUGGAAGUCUGUCGACAGGUCGUCGAAAGACCCGUCCCACCGGCCGCGCUCCAACCGGAUGAAGAUGAAAGGCCCGACUUACCAUGGUGGAAGUGUAAAAAGUGGGCGUUGCACAUAUUGUACCGUAUGUUUGAACGUUACGGUUCUCCCGGUUUGGUUACCAAGGAAUACAAUGAGUUUGCUGGGUGGUAUUUGCAGACUUUCAGUGCUGGUAUUCUGGAGGUACUUCUAAGACAGCUUGAUGGGUACAGAUCGGGUCAUUGGGUGCCUCCCAGAGUCCUCCAACAAACCCUCAACUACUUAAAUCAGGCAGUUUCACACGCUUACACUUGGAAGAUUCUCAAACCUCACAUGCCGGCCAUUAUACAAGAUGUUCUUUUCCCCCUAAUGAGUUAUUCGCCCGAAGAUCACGAAUUGUGGACUGUCGACCCACACGAAUACAUACGAGUGAAAUUCGACGUUUUUGAAGAUUUCGUUUCGCCUGUCACUGCCGCACAAACUCUGUUACACUCGUCGUGUAAAAAACGCAAAGAUAUGUUACAGAAAGCGAUGACUAUGAUUACGCAAGUCUUAACCAAUCCGACCACAGAACCGCCACAAAAAGACGGUGCUUUACACAUGGUUGGCUCAUUGGCCGAUGUUCUCUUAAGGAAGAAAUUCUACAGAGAACAACUUGAUCAACUUUUUAUUAAAUACGUUUUUCCUGAAUUUAACAGCGAUCGAGGUCAUAUGAGGGCGAGGGCGUGUUGGGUUUUGCACUAUUUUGCUGAAUUUCCCUUCCGCCAGGAAAAUGUCUUAAUGGAGGCUGUUAAUUUGACCGUCAGGGCUUUGCUUCACGAUACAGACCUUCCAGUCAAAGUGGAGGCGGCCAUCGCGCUUCAAUCUCUCUUAAAUUACCAAGAGAAAUCGCAGAAGUACGUCGAGCCGCAAGUCAAGCAAGUCGCCCAUGAGUUACUGACGAUAAUCCGCGAGACCGAAAACGAAGACGUGACUGGAGUUAUGCAAAAAUUAGUUUGUGUUUAUACUCAACAGUUGGCUCCGAUAGCGGUCGAAAUUUGUCAACACUUGACUGCCACUUUCAACCAAGUUUUGGACACUGAUGAAGGUUCCGAUGAGAAAGCCAUAACAGCGAUGGGUUUAUUGAACACCAUCGAAACAUUAUUGACAGUUAUGGAAGAACAACCGGAAAUAAUGAUGUUAUUAGAACCGACAGUUCUUCAAGUCGUGGUUCAUGUGUUACAGAACGAAGUCAAGGAGUUCUAUGAGGAGAUUUUAGCCCUGAUUUAUGACCUAACGAGCAAACACAUAUCGCAAGAUAUGUGGAAAGUGUUCGAGUUGUUGUAUCAGGUGUUUAUGAAGAACGGUCUUGAUCAUUUUACAGAUAUGAUGCCAGCGUUACAUAAUUAUAUAACGAUCGAUACUCCGGCCUUCCUCAGUAACGAACAACGCCUUUUAGCUAUUUACAACAUGUGUAAAGAAGUCUUGAACAACGAUUGUGGCGAAGAUGCCGAAUCGCACGCUGUUAAAUUACUCGAAGUGAUUUUGUUGCAAUGUCAAGGCAAGGUGGAUCAAGCCGUACCGAUGUUGGUCGAAUUGGCAGCGUCGAGGUUAUUACGUGAAGUCAAAACGAGUGAAUUGCGGACGAUGUGCUUGCAAGUCCUAAUAGCCGCUCUUUAUUACAAUCCGGGAUUGUUGUUUUCGGUCCUUGAGAAAAUGCCCAAUUUUACUGAUAAUUUUAUCAAGCAAUGGUUGCACGACACGGAUUGUUUUCUAGGAAUACAUGAUAGGAAACUGUGCGUUUUAGGACUGUGCACUUUGAUCACGAUGGAUAAUAAACCGAAUUGUUUGGCAGAGAUGGUGCCUCGUGUGAUACCUUCGUUGAUUUUGUUGUUUGAUGGCUUGAAGAGGGCUUACGCGGCGAAGGCGCAAGAGCAAGCCGAGGAGGAGGAAAGCGAGAGUUCGGAUGGGGAGAUUGAAGGAGAAGUUUUGAGUUCGGACGACGACGAGAUUGACGACCAAGGUCAGGAUUAUUUGGAAAAUCUUUCACGAAGGGCCAUAUCGGUGGGGAAUGCGACCGGGAUGGCAAUCACAAGUACAAUCAAUGACAUAGAUGAUGAUUCCGACGAUGAUGAUUCUGAUUUUGAACCGAACGAAGAAACGAUGUUGGAGGCCUUCACGACACCUCUAGAUGAAGAAAAUUGUCCAGUAGAUGAAUACGACGUAUUCAAAGAAGUCAUGACUAGAUUGGAACGUUGUCAGCCUGAAUGGUAUAACGCCCUUACAGCCAAUUUAACAGAACAACAAAAGAAGAAUUUGGUAGAUAUUUGUGUGUUAGCGGAUCAGAAGAAAGCAGCCAAAGAAAGUAAAAGAAUUGAACAAUCGGGAGGUUUUAUGUUUACGCAACAUCAAGUACCCACAUCUUUCAAGUUCGGCACUCCAAAACCUUCAUGAACAUGACGUGGUGUAUAAAUUUUUUUGUGACUGAAUGUAAAAUUGACUGUUGCGACCAGUGAAGUGAUGUACAGUUGGUAAUUUAAUCUUUUUUAAUUUUUAUUAAGUGCCUUUUUAUUAAAAAAAGAACGGAUGUAACGAUUUAAAUUUACCUAAUAUAGAUUUAAAUGAAAAAUGUUUAUUUUCCGUGUAGUUGUAAUUAUUUUCUGACUGUGUUUCUUUUUGUCUUUUUAGGUUGAUUUAUUAGGUCAAGACAAUGUAGUAAAUUACAUUAUUUCUAUAUAUACAUACAUACUGAAAGGUGUUAAGUUAUUGCAUUUUAAUAAAGAAUUGCUUCAAA